UUCAGUUUAAUUGGUAAAUUAAACAGCUAUGGCGAUAGCUCAUGCCGCGACGGAGUAUGUUUUCACCGACUUCUUGCUCAAAGAGCCGACAUCGGAGGCGAAAUACAAAGGCAUCCGACUAGACCUGGCAGUAGAUAAGAUUGUGACCUGCGUUGCAGUUGGGCUCCCUUUGUUGCUCAUCUCUCUCGCUUUUGCACAAGAGGUGACUGUCGGCACACAGAUCAGUUGUUUUUCUCCCACAAACUUCUCAUGGCGUCAGGCAGCCUAUGUUGACUCCUUCUGCUGGGCUGCUCUACAACAACAAGAGAAAGGCAGCUUACCGCUCUGGCUUCACAAGUUCUUCCCGUAUAUCCUGUUGUUGGUGGCGGUAUUGGUGUACUUGCCAGCGUUGUUUUGGCGUUUUACAGCAGCCCCUCAGCUUUCCUCAGACCUCACCUUCAUCAUGGAGGAGCUGGACCGCUCUUAUAACCGUGCCAUCAAACUGGCCAAACGCAUGGCCAUCACUGGGUUCACUGGUGAUGCGGACUCAACGCGCAAGGACCCCGUCGGUUCAGUGUCAGAUCUGACAGAGAGCUGCUUUAGGUACCCUCUGGUGGAGCAGUAUUUGAAGAUGAAACGUUUUUCAUUCGGGAUACUGUUGCGGUACGUGGUGUGUCGGGUCGUGACCCUGCUGAUCCUGGUGCUGGCGUGUGUUUACCUGUCCUAUUACAUCCGUCUGUCUGUGACGGACGAAUUCAGCUGUAAUAUCCGAACGGGGAUCCUGUUUAACGACACCAGCGUUCCAGCCGCUCUGCAGUGUAAACUCAUCGCCGUGGGCAUUUUCCAGCUCCUGAGCUACAUAAACCUGACGGUGUACGCUCUGCUGGCUCCUGUGUGUGCGUACGCCGCCCUGGUGCCUCUGAGGAAAAACACAGACUUCCUGAAGAUUUACGAGAUGUUACCUACGCUGGGAGUGCUGGAGUUCUCCAGCAUGGGCUGGGAUGACCUGGCCAUAUACCUGCUUUUCCUGGAGGAGAACCUGAGUGAACUCAAGAGCUACAAGUGCCUAAAGGUGCUGGAGCUGCUGAAGAACAGUGAAGAUGGGCCGUGUGACACCAUGCUCCUACUCCAGACCCUGGGACAGGUCAAGACAGACGCAGUGGACGGAGUGUCACCUGCCUCACUGACACAGCCCCCCGACCUCUCUGGCCAGCAAAACGAAAAGAACGGCAUCGAGAUGAAAGAAGCUUCUCCACUCCUGUCAAGCAACAGCACGAGGAAAUCAAGCGAUGAGAAACCUGUGCGCCAUCGGGUCUGACCGGCUGAGACCACACUGCUCUUUUCACUGUGAGAGUGACCGUGACCGACAGGGUGGGAACACGACCCA